GGCGAGGAUAUCGCUUCCUCACAGCAAGAGUCAAAGCUCUCGGCUGAAAGGUAGCUUGGCAGCAGUACUGAAGCACUGACUCGUAAGGGAUGGCUGAAGGGGAAAUAACAACGUUCACAGCCCUGAUGGAAAAGUUUGAUCUCCCAAUGGAGAAUUACAAGAAGCCCAAACUCCUUUACUGCAGCAAUGGAGGCCACUUCUUAAGGAUACUUCCUGAUGGUAAAGUAGAUGGCACAAUGGACCGAAAUGACAGACACAUCCAACUGCUGCUAAGUGCAGAAAGUGUGGGUGAGGUGUAUAUAAAGGGCACUGAGUCUGGACAGUACUUGGCUAUGGAUGCCAAUGGACGUUUAUAUGGCUCGCAGUUGCCAACAGAGGAGUGUUUGUUCCUGGAACGGUUGGAAGAGAACCAUUACAACACAUACACGUCGAAGAUGCACGCAGAGAAGAACUGGUUUGUUGGCUUGAAGAAGAAUGGGAGAAGCAAACUGGGACCACGGACUCAUUAUGGCCAGAAGGCGAUACUUUUUCUGCCCCUGCCAGUCUCUCCUGAUUAGAUGGUUUCCCCACCCAUGUCCCUUAGAAUUAAGCAGCCAGUAAGUAGCCUUCCCUCUCACCUCCCGCCCCCCCACCCCCCCUUGAUUCUCACACUGGGGAAUGUGAAAAUAAAGUGGGGCAGAGUAUGCAAGAUGAAAAUACAAAUGUAUUUCAUACAUCUAAUACAUAGUCACAGGAAUCCCAUAAUACUGCCUCCAAAGUAUAUCAAAUCAGCUCUAGCCAUAGACAAGCACACAACUAGGUGUGUGCAGCUCCUACUGCCUUAUGCAUAACAAAGCUUCCACUUUUGGAAAGAAAUGUAUUUAGACCAUAUGAUCUAAGACUGAAAAACAUGUAAGUCUGCUUGUUAUCAUUCUUAUGUAACACAUGGAAGCAUAAUCAACAAUACUGGAUUUAUCCUAUUAUUUAAAACAAAUUAACUGUGCUUUUAGGACCAAGAUAAACUAAUCCUUUCUUUUUAA